GUGGCAUUACAAAGCAGCCAUAAUUUGAAAGAUAAAUACUAGUGAAAUUAAACUAAUCAUAGGUGAAACGGGUUGCUGUCUUUUUUUUUUAUUGUAACGUUUCAAUCCUUACACAUUUGUUAGUAAAUUUCCAAAUAGAUAUCUCGCAAACGGAUUUGGAACAUUUACAUUUCACUGUUCCUUCCCCAUCCAGAUCCAGUGGAAGAUAAUAUUGUUGCUUUAAAGAAAAAAAAGACUGGAAUUCAGGGGGGCCUGGGGCGUUCCAUAAAAGGGACUUCAGUAGAGGAAGUCAGUUUUGCUGACAUAAGGAGAGUGUGCUCACAGCAUUGCAGAAAGUAGCCGGAGCUGAUAAAACAUUUUGGACCUACCGAAACACUUGAGGAUUGAAGGGAUAUAACAGCAAAAAUAGUCUGUUUGGUGUCCUGCUUUCCUGUGGAACUUUAAGUCAUGGCAGGAGAAGAAAUAUCUUACAGUGAGGCCAUCAUGGCAGCGACUGACUCCCUCUACCGCUUCCCCCUGAUCAAGAUAAAAGGGAUCCCUCUUAUGUGCCAUAUUGCAGACAACUGGAACUCUGUCUGGGCCUUCCGCCCUGAUCCUUUGGACCUCCUCAUUGCCACCUACCCCAAAGCAGGAACCACAUGGGUCCAGGAGAUCGUGGACCUGCUGCUUCACAACGGUGAUGCAGAGGUUGCAAGGAGAGCGCCGACUCAUCACCGAAUCCCCUUCCUGGAGAUCCACUCACCCCCGCCAAUCCCUUCGGGUUUGAGUUUUAUUGAAAAAAUGGACCCCCCAAGGGUCAUUAAGACCCAUCUUCCUUUCCAGUUGGUGCCUGAAGGGUUCUGGGAAAAUAAAUGCAAGGUUAUCUAUGUAGCAAGGAAUGCUAAAGACAGCGUAGUCAGCUACUUCCAUUUUGACCAAAUGAAUCAAACUCAGCCUGAGCCCGGUCCGUGGGACGGUUACCUCCACAAGUUCAUGAAUGGGGAAUUGCCUUGGGGUUCCUGGUACGACCACGUGAAGAGGUACUGGUUGGAACGAGAAAAGAGGAAUAUACUUUAUCUUUUCUAUGAAGACCUGAAAGAGAAUCCACACCGAGAAGUGAAGCGAAUCAUGCAAUACCUGGAUCUGUCGCUCAGUGAUGAUGUCAUCAGCCACAUUGUGAGGCUGACUUCAUUUAAUACCAUGAAGGAGAACCCAAUGGCCAACUACUCUUGUAUUCCCGAUCAAAUCUUUGACAGGUCCAUCUCCAACUUUAUGAGAAAAGGUUUAGUGGGUGAUUGGACCAAUCAUUUCUCCCCUGCCCAGAAUCAACUGUUUGAUGAAGACUACAAAAAACAAAUGAAGGAUGUAAACAUCCCUUUCCGGACCAACAUCUAGUCCGAUUUUGCUCUCUAUUUCCAAAACAAUUCAACUAGCCAGAUCAAAGAUCAGUGGAAAUGUUCAUAUAUAAUCACUUGAGCUCAGAUGGAAACCAUGUAUGAUGAAUUUAUGCAUUUGUACUAUUGAAAGUGAAUCCUUGAUUUUAUGAAAAAAUAAAAUCAGCUUGUUGUUCAAAACA